UUUUUUUUUACUCUUCUGACGUUUAGAUCUGAGUUGAAGAGAAGCGAUGAUGGCGGUGGGAUCUACUCCGCUUCGUCUCCUACUACUAAAUUCAACUGCAAGUGACGGAACCCCGCAACCGUCGCCCUCUUUUUCUUCGCCUCUGGCCACCCCUUUCCUUUCCAAAAGCCUAAGAAGUCCCUUCGCUUCUCCUAUUCUGCUAGUUCGCCAAUUGACAGAUAGAAGAAGACAGAAUCCAUGGAGAUUGCUUCGUUAUCUGUUCUAGCUAUAAUUCUUGGUGGUAUUUCGCUCGUUGGCGGGCAGGCUGACAAUUGCGAAGCGAAUCGCAACGCCGUCCUUCCUGUAGGUUACAGCAACAUCACUCUGGUUUGCCUUCCGAUCUGGAACAAUCUCAUUCUUCGGUAUUCCCUGAACGAAGAUAACGUUCUGACAAUCGUGCUUUCUAUGCUCUACACCUCUGGUUGGGUUGGAAUGGGAUUCUCAAAGGAUGGGAUGAUGGUGGGCUCAAGCGCCAUGGUUGGCUGGAUAGGGAAUACUGGAAGACCACACAUCAAGCAAUUCUAUCUGCGCGGCCAGUCGAGCUCUCAAGUUCUAGCUGAUCAAGGACAGUUGCCGGCGGCAGGUGGUUCCCCUGCCGUUGUUCAGAAUGGACCGAACAUCUACAUUGCCUUCCAGUUGAAAUUUCUAAGUAGAAUUACACAGCAGAAGCUCCUGUUUGCUUUUGGGACGGCCACGCCAGUUAACGACCGAUUAACAAAGCAUCAGGAUAAGAUAUCGGUUUCCUUCGAUUUCUCAUCGAGGACUUUCUCUGCUUCUUCCUACCCAUACCAGCUGAAGAGGACACAUGGCAUACUGAACAUAAUUGGUUGGGGUGUGAUAUUGCCAAUAGGGGCAAUAGUGGCAAGAUAUUUUAGAACCAGCGAUCCAUUGUGGUUCUAUCUUCACUCAGCAAUUCAGUUUAUUGGAUUCAUCCUUGGGCUAGCUGGUGUGGUUGCCGGAGUUGCACUUUAUCAUAAAUUGCAUGCGAGUGUCUCAUCACACAGGGCCCUUGGCAUUCUCAUCCUUGUGCUUGGCAUCCUUCAGGUAUUAGCGCUUUUCCUGAGGCCUGAAAAGGAUUAUAAGCUACGAAAAUAUUGGAACUGGUACCACUGGUGGGUGGGAAGACUAGUUCUCUUCCUUGCAGUAGUAAAUAUUUUUGUUGGAAUUCACGUAGGAAGUGCAGGCGAUUCUUGGAAAAUUGGCUAUGGAUUCAACCUUGGUUUGCUUUUACUAGCAACAAUUAUCCUGGAAUUUCUGCUGUGGACAAAAUGGUCUAAAAAGACAGUCAACGCACCAACAUUCUAAAUUUAAAUGCACUGAUUUGUGACAUAAAUUAAUUUUUUUUGUAAGUUUUUUGUGUAGUUAUUGUAUUUGAUAUUUCAUUUGCAAAUUUAUUAUAAAAUUUGUUAAGUGUUUUUAAGUUAAAAGACA